UCGUUCAUUAACUGUGGCUUCACAUUUACGCGCAGGAUGAUAAUCUAAGAAAUUCAUCUAUCAGGCAAGUUGCCCAGCAUAUACGAUACCAAAUUCUAGUCAACUUUUCGGUUUUAUUUUGCCAGUUUAUAUUAUUAUAAUUUACAAAUGAAAAUCUGUGUUUAGAAUCAUAAUGGUUCUGUUGACCCGUACAGAACGACGUUAUUACGUAACCUCCGCCUUCAUACAGCUUUUAUUAGCUGUACUGGGAACGACACAAAAUGCUGACAAUUCUUCCAAAAGUAUAUUUCCACCAUCUACAGCUGUCUGGACUGGUCCCUAUAUUGGUCGAUACGAUAUCCUACGUUUGGUAACCUCGCAAAAUCCGAUCUUACUUAAGUACUCGAAUGUGACUCACAAAAUGACCCGGCAAGAAUUGCAAUUUUACCAGGAUCACGUGCAAAUAAAUGCGACCUUAGCGAGGCGCAUCUUUUACCAAACCUUGUUCCAAGAUAAUAUUCGAUGGAAAAUGGAACGACAAAUCAGAAUAACCGCUUCGACUGCCUACCAUUUGUUCACUUACGAUAACGAAUCGGUCUCUAAGAAACGUACAGAUAACGAAUGGGAUAUUAAAAUAGGCACGAUGGCGAUCAGCGAUAGGCCGCAGACCAUUUACAUGCAAUACGGCAGCGACCACGAAGACGUCGCUUUGGCACUGCUCGAGAGGAAAAUCAAAAGUCAAGGAGGAUGCUACCUGCGUAAAGAAUGUGGCAUCUUGGUGAACGCGAAUUUACCCUGGAUCGGUUAUAGUCCAGAUGCCAUUGUAAAAACACCCAAUCAUACGUUCCUGGUCGAGGUGAAAUGUCCCUUCAUUGGUCAAGAAAAAGAAGGAAUCGAUUUCCUAAAACGAGUCAGCUUUUUUAGCGUCAACUCGACAACAGGCGAGGUACAGAUGCGUAAAAAACACGCCAAUUAUGCUCAAGUUCAGAUAGGCAUGCUUAUCACUAAUUUACCAUUGGCCAAGAUGAUCAUCUACUGCAAGAAAGCUAACGGUAUUUUCGAACUCGAUAUUCCGUUCGAUUACGAAUACACAGAGAAUUUGGUGGCCAAACUGAGAAAUGUCUAUUUUGCGAGGUAUUUGCCUUUUUUGGUAAAGAAUCAACGGCAAUUAUGGAAGACCAAUAAUGCUACGUUGGAACCGGUUCGAUAUUAUGGCGGGAACGGCAGCACCACAAAUCACUGGUAUAAAGAAUGAUACUCUGCGGCCUCAACUUUCCUGCAUCUUGUUCGGCAACCCAGCCUGCCAAAUCAGCUGCGAAGUUCUCUGCGACAUGUACGGCUGCUGGAGCAACGGCACCUGCUCCAACGGAGUCUACUGCGAUUGCCAAGAAGAAUACAACGUCUCAGCUAACAUCGUGAACACCUCCGAAUAUCAAACCCUAUCCCUGGACGAUCUGUGGAAUCAUCGUUUCCGACGCUCAGACACAUCUUCGCAAAUAAAAGAUGCGAUCAAGUCCAAUUCCAAGCUAUCCAAUCACCUUCUCGCUGAUCUACGUAAUCCUCAUACUACAGCUCGAGAUAUUCUAACCCGAUUACCGACCAUGUUGGAAUCGCAAGUUGGACUGAAUUUCUCCCAUCUGGAACCGGCACCUCGGGGUAUUCUCAAUCAUUACGUGGCUUCUAACAAUACCUUGAAUCAUUAUAAAUUUCGCAAAUACUUGGAAGAGAAAAUAGACGAACUGAGCGACGAUCUUUUCGCGCAGUUUAGAAAGAUCGAGGGUAAGGAGAGCUUCGGCGAUAUUAUGAAACACGUCCGAGACGAAGAAGACGUUAAAUACCUUAUGAGACAAUUGUUUCUCUUUCCCAGUGAUUUCAUUAAAGUAUUCGCCCAUGAAAACGGCUACAAUAUUACGCAAGUAUUGAAUCAUGUACAACCAUCAUCCGCAGAUUCCAGUGUUUGUUACCAAUCACCCUGCUUAGGUGAGAAGACUGGUUUCGGGUUGGUUAAUAAUACAGUCUAUAGAGACGAGAUUUUAUUGGCUGGAGCAAUGGAAACGUUCAUAGAAGUGAUAUCCACGUACAAUGAUUAAGUAGAGUCGCAGAUUCCAGUAUUUGCUAACGGGUCAAAUUCACGAUCAGAUGAUGACACUAGAUAUCCUAUUUUAUUCGGAAUGGCAGGAUGUGAUACGAUAAAUACGUAUUCGAAUACUACUUCGCUGGCGAUGGAGUUUUUUUUUUUUUUUUUUUUACAGAUGAAUGGUGUAGUAGUUCGAAUGAUUUUAUUCGAAAUAAGAUUUAUCAUCACUCGUAUAUUGCGCCAGAUCGUGUUUUGUUAUCAAUGCAAUAAAUACGAUUAACGAACAA